GUUCGUGAAUCUUAAAUAUAUGCCACAAAACCUCUCACACAGAGAGUGCUCAUUUAAACUUGAAUAUUUGAAAGAGAGAGAGAUCCUUCAUUUCUGAGUGAUGCCGACCUGCAUUGUAACUUGUCAGUCGAACCUCGGGCAGCAUGAGGAAGAUCGAUGGGGAGUCAAUAUUUUCGGUCUGACCAACUCCGAAAAGGAAUUGAUGAAAUCUACCUAUCCCGAACUCGUAGUUUGUGGACGUGGGGUUUCAAAGUAUUGCCACGUAGGAAAGGAUGAUUCUGAGCUUGAUUCCUACAAUGAUAUUUGGGAAAGUAUUACCGACUCAAAAAGCACACAUCGUGACGGCGUGCUUUCCGCGGCUGUGGUAUAUUUGAACUAUUUGGAGCAGCAAGGCUACCAAGUGACCAAAUCGGAUAUUAACGUUAUGGCGAUGGACACAAGGUGGACAUUCGUUUUGCAGAAAUAGUUUAGUCUGCUUUGUUUCAAGGUAUUUACUUAUGUAUGAAUUGUAUUACUUUUUGGUUGGUCAAUUAAUUAUUUUGUUAGGCAUUUUAAUUAAAGAUGUAGCAAAAUAAAUAAAUUGGUUGGAAA